AUGGCUGCCAAGAGGAUAGCAGUGAUCGGCGCCGGCAACUCAGGUAUGGGUGCCUUCAAUGCCUGUCGGGAACAGGGCUUCGAUGUCGUGGUGUAUGAGAAGACCGACCAGAUAUGCGGUCUCUGGCAGUAUAGGGAUGAGGAACUGGAUGGUAGCGCCUCCAUCAUGAAGUCCACUACUAUCAACACCAGCAAAGAGAUUACACCCUUUUCUAACUUCCCGGCGCCCAAACACUUCCCUAAUUAUAUGCAUAAUACAAAAAUGGCAGAAUAUCUGACAUUAUAUGCGGAGAAAAUCGGUUUCAAAGCACACCUCAGACUAAGACAUGAAUUAAUAAAUUGCGACCAAAAUGCUGAUUACGAGGAGACGGGCAAAUGGAGGCUAACGGUACGCGACAUUAAUAAUGAGCGCGUAUUUCAUGAAGUAUUUGAUGGGGUAAUGGUGUGCACCGGACAUAACAACCAGCCAUCGGUGCCUACAUUCAAGAAUCAGCACAUAUUUAAGGGACUUCUCAUGCAUUCACACGCUUUCAAAGAUAAUAAGGGCUUUGAGGGAAAACGGGUGGUUGUGGUCGGCAUCGGGAACUCAGGCGGAGAUAUUGCCGUCGAGUUGUCUAAUGUGUGUCCAAACGUAAGUAACUAA